AGGUAGCUGAUGAUAUGUGGGUGCCGCUGGAGAGGUGGCUUGGAAAGAAGCCUCCAGUGGACAUGCUCAGAGUGUUCGGAUGCAUGGCAGUGGCGCAUGUCCCUAAACCGUACAGGACAAAGCUUGGAGCAUCUGCACUGUGGUGUGUGCACCUUGGACUUGCGGCAGAGAGCAAGGGGUGGCUACUCUGGGAGCCCUCGAAGAAUGUGCUGUUUGACAGUCGGGAUGUCAAAUUUGUGGAGAACAUCAUGUAUGGCAAGUGGGAGAAGCAGCCGGAGGCAAGGGUCACCCAGCAGCUGGAAGAGAUCACUAUGCACUUCGAUUUGUCCGAACCUGAGGACAGCAAAGUCACUGCGCCAACGGCAAGCGGUACUGAUGAAGGAAGCAAUGAGGAUAUUGCAGCUGAUGCUGAAGUCAAGGAUCCGGAGCAGCAGCAGCAAGAGGCCUCCAAAACACCAAAGUACAACAGCCAGAUGGAGAAUCACACAUGGGACCUGGUGUACUUGCCAAAUGGGAAGAAGGCAAUACAGUGCAAGUGGCUGGCAAAAAUCAAGACGGAUGAGAAAGGAGAGCCAUCAGUUUACAAGAGCAGGCUGGUGGCAAAGGGGUUUCAGCAGAAAGAGAAAGAAGAUUACAAAGAAGUGUUUGCCCCAACUGCUAAGUCUCCAACGCUACGUGUGCUGCUGGCGGUAGCUGCUGUGCGCAAAUGGAAGGUGAAGCAGAUGGACAUCGUAACCGCUUUUCUGUACGGCACUGUGGAAGAGGAGGUGUACAUGGUUCAACCACCUGGCUAUGAGGAUGGAAUCGGUCGUGUCUGCAAACUUAACAAGGCCAUCUAUGGCUUGAAGCAGGCCCCGAGAUGCUGGUACAACAGGCUGGCCAGUGCACUGGAAGGGAUUGGAUUCCGUGCGAGUGCAUGCGACGAAAGCCUAUUCCUGAUGGGCGAGGGGGAGUCGCUUGUGCUUCUGCUGGUGUACGUGGAUGACAUCCUGCUCUUCAGCAGCAGUGACAAGGAGAUCGAUGGGGUGCAGCGGAAGCUCACAGAGCUGUUCAAGUGCAAGUCACUUGGAGAGGCAAGGUACUACCUGGGAAUGCACAUUGAGCGGGAUACUGAACGUGGCUGGCUCAAACUGCAUCAGGGACAGUACAUCAACACCUUGGCUGAGAAGUACACUCUGCAGGAAGAACGGGAAGUGGUUACACCUUUGCCUUCCGAUUUCAAACUCAUAAAGGCAGCUGAAGGAGAAGGAGUUGAAAGUGAAGACCUGAGGCAAUUCCAAUCCAUGGUCGGGAGCCUACUCUACGCUGCUGUGCAUACUCGGCCUGACAUCAGCUUUGCUGUGGGACAGCUGGCUCGAGUAGUGCAAAAUCCAACAGAAGAGCAGUGUGGUGCAGCGGAGAGAGUGGUGCGCUACCUCAAGUCAUACCCUACAGUGGGAGUACAGUAUUCAGCCUCUGCUCAACUCAGGCAAAAAGGAGUUGAAGUCCUUCAAGAGAAGGGGGAGCAGCUCGGAGAAGGAAAGGUGUUCCUUUCCUGUUUUGCUGAUGCCACGUGGGCUUCUGAGCAUGAGGAUUUAUCAUCAGUUGGUGGAUACAUCUGCAUGGUGGGAGGUGGGCCUAUGUGCUUGGAUUGUGCAUGACAUCGAGCACAUUCCAACGAGCCAAGAAUUGUUGGAAUCGGAGCACAUAUGAAGAAGUUACGAAGAAAUGUUUGAUGGAUUUGUUACAACUC